GCAAACAACUUCAGAGUUCAGUUCUGCUGCAAAAGGAUAAACCACAAGAUUCUUUCAUUGGCCUGAGAAUUUCCAAGAUGUCCUACAACAUGACAGAGCCUGACUAUGACUAUGAAGAUAAUCAUUGGCAGAUAGAGGAAACCAGAGCAAAUGCUGUGUUUUUCAAUGGCAUCAGGAUGCUGUACAUUAUCUCGUACUUUAUUAUUUGCUCCUUGGGUGUGACCCUCAACUCUUACGUGAUCAUCACAGGUUUGAAGGGUAAGUUUCAGAAGUCUACCACCCGUGUGUGGGUCCUGGCACUGGCCAUGACGCACUUGGUCUUCUCCUCAUUCUUGAUGCUGCAGCUCUUGUACGCAUGGCAUCAUUUCAACUGGCACUUUGGAACAGCUCUUUGCAAGCUCUCAUCCUACAUUACCUAUGCCAGCAUGUUCUCCACGGGUGCUCUGCUGAGCCUGUGGAGUGCCAGCAGCAGGUGCCCAAAAGGCACUAGAUGUGGCAGCCGUGGCCCAUCCACAGUCCUGGUAAUGGUUAUAUGCUCCUGGACAUUCGGAGUGCUUGUCAGCAGCCCAUCUCUGCUCUACCGAGAGCUUCACAGCACAGAGAUCGGAGUGCAGUGCAUCGAUGACUACGAUUCAGGCAAAGAGAGCGCAACACCCGAUGGAGUGAAAAAAAUGACCACUGUUCUUCUCAGCAGGCUCGUGCUGGGCGUUUUGGUUCCUAUGCUUGUGAUGGGAGCCAGUGCAUGUCUGGUACGACCACUGGAUCACAAUCUGAAGAGUUGCAAGCGAAUCAUUUGUGCUAUAAAGGUUGGCUACUUCAUCUGCUGGACGCCCCUGCUUGUUCUGAGGCUCGUUAAGGUAGCUGAAGGAAGCCCUUUCGCAUACGCAUUACCAGCAACCACUGUGCUCGCUGCAGCUCAUUGUUUCAUCAACCCUGUGAUCUAUCUGUUAGUGGGAUGCAAAAUUAGUAUGGACUGGAUGUCAAAGGAACCAAGAGCCCACGAAAAUCAAUCUGGUGAAUGCAUGCAUGCACUAAAUGGCAAGGAGUAACGGUGUACAUCUGGAAAACAGACUGUCAGAUGCUGAGGUACUGACUUUAAUCAAUGAAUCUCUGCCAAAAGAAAAUGGGAAAACAAGGAUGUUCCAACAUUCCAAGGGAUUCCCAAGGGUUACUUUUCUUUCUCAACAAGUUCAAGGCCAGAGGAACAUUAGAAUUAUCAGGCAUGAGUACCAAACCUUGGUCAUUUUCUACUUUGUAUGAAAUGUUGCACAAAUGUCAGUAAAAAUAAGUCAAAGGCCCACCAUACCAAUAAUGCAUGAAAAGAGAUUUGUUAGCACUGGAAAGAUUUCAGUAUUCCUGCAGGAAUGGAUAGAUCUUGUUUUUGCAUGUAAUGCAAAUGUCAAAGAACACCCUUUGAAUUAUUUCCAUUCAAAACAGCCAUUAAGUGCAAGUUAUUGAUUUUUUAGCUUUGGGAACUAAAUAGGAAACACAUAUUUGAUAAAUUAUUUUACAGAAACCUACUUUUUUCAGUAUGUAGUGUCCACAUUCAGCUUCCAUUCUUUUCAGGAGACUCGUGUUCAGUUUUUCAAAACAAAACUGCAGGGAUAUUUUUUUACAGGUCCAAAGUUCAGGUUGGUUGCUUUUUUCUGCUUCUCACAAUCCAAGUAACCCCAGUUACAAAUUGAGACUUAUUAGUCCAAGUAGUCAGUCUUGUUCAGUUAUUUCUCAUGUCUCCUGUUUUUGUGUAAUGUUCUACUAAAUAUGUUUUCUAACUUAAUACUACAGAGCCCUGCUGGUGACAUUCAGUAUUAAUAAAAAUAAUGCAUGGCCACAACUUAGUAAACUGUGGGAAUUAAAUAAUUAAGUGGUGGCCACGACUUAAUAAAGUGUGGGAACGAGAUCCUAAUACAUGGCCACAACUUCGUAAGGCGUGGGAAUUAGUUAAUAAAGCCUUGACCACAGCUUAAUAAGGCAUGAUCUUGUUCUCAUGCCUUACUAAGUCAUGGUGGUGACUUAUUAUUUUGUUCCCAUGACUUACUAAUUGAAGCCACGCAUUAGGCUCUCUUUCCCAUGCUUUAAUAUGGCGUGGUCAUGCAUUAUUUUUAUUUAUAUGGUAUAAGCCAUCAACCGGAAGGUAGCAGGUUUAAAUCUCACAAAUUAAAAAUUUCCCUUGUAGGACCAAUAAAGUACAUAACAUUACAUAACAACAUGCAUACGAAAAUGAUUCAUUUGGUAAGAGCAAAUUAAACAAGUUUAUUCAACUCACAUACACACUUUGACUGAAACAAACCCAAAGCAAAAUUUUAUCUUAGAUGACCAAAAGCAAUACUUUACAUCAGUGCACACCUCAAAACACCUUCAAAUCAACUUCUGUUACACUUUUUUACCAUGUGUAGUGGACAAAGGUAGCAUUUGUGAUAUCAAGUCUGGUCACCAAGUUGGUUGAGUAUUCUGGCUAGCAUUAGCUAGCUGCAAUACAUUUGUUUUACAAAUAAAGUUAAUGUCUGCUUAAAAGUUGUCUAACAUCCAGCUAUAAAUUGUAAAGCUAGAACUUUUAACAAACAUCAGAAGGAUGAGAUUAUCCUCUUGUCUUAUGCUUGCUCUGGUGUAGAUCAGCUUAUAUAGUGUAAAUGAUGAAUAUCAGAGGUGCACGUGAAAGCAGUCAGAAAGAAACUCUACAUUCUCCAUUCACUUUUCCAAAAUUCCCAAAUGAAAGUGAUCUACAAAUCCUCUCACUUUAAGAUGUUUUGCCUGUUUUUGUUUUAGUUAGCGGUGCGAAGAAAAAAAAAUAAUAAACAAUCCAAAAAACAAAUCCAAAAAAUCCAAAGAACACACUGUGCCACAGCCAGUGAUUUUUUGUGUUGUUUAUUCAUGUUAUGUUCAACGUUUUAUGGCCAACGUAAUAAAAGGUGUAUUUUUUAAGAAAUUCAAAACAACCUAGUAGGUUUUAGUGUGUACUAAAAACCUAGUGUAUCUGCUCUGAGAUAUUCUGAGGUAUUCUGCAAAAUACAAACAUAUUCUGAGCCUUAUGUGCAAGAGUUUUACGCUUAGCACUGUGAACGUUAUAAUGAGUAAUGAGGUACACUGGAAGUCAUUUUCAGAUAGCAAACUGGGGCUGAUUUUUAUUUACAUAUAAGUAUUCAGACCUAAGAUAGUUAUAGAUUGUUAGUAUUUAACCUCAGUGAAUUACUUGAGAAAAUAACAGACUACAUAGGUACAAAAUCAUCAUUUAUAGGGUACAUUCCUUUGGAAGGUGACUGUCCCAAACCCUAACCCCUAAAUUUCAACAUGAGAAAAUAUUUUUUUUGCACUUUAUUUCUUUUCAAGUGACAUUAAAAUAUUUAGAUUCAACAUGACUUUAAUUAAAAAAAUGAAAAUAAAAACUUAGCCCAUAUUUUAUCCACACCCCUGCAUUUUAGAGCAGGAACUGGGACUGCAUCCUUUUGAAAAAUUUGGUACUGAAAGUUUUAGUAGUGUUAUGGCUGUUUUUGGUAGUGACAAAAUGGAAUGGUCAAUGGAUAAUUUUGAUAAACAUAAUUAAGGUAUAGGAUCACUCAAAGAUUUUAGUCUAAGGUCCAAGUUGGUUAAAAAUAAUUGGAGAUUUUGGAGAUUAUACCUUUCAUUAAAAAAUAAUCUUCUGACGGAGGUUAAUAUAACUGCAUAUUUUUCCGAGUAAUUUUGGAUCAUUGGUCCACUGAUCAUAAACUUUGACACAAUGCAAAGGUUUUUGCCCAACAGCAAUGAUGUAUAUAUACAGUAUUGUCCAGCAUUCUAAGAAAUAUGCAGGGAUAUUUUCCCACACCACCAAACUUGAAAAUUGAAAAUUGAAAAUUGGUUGGUUCUCAUGAAAUCUGUGCACUCCUUAACACAUUCAGUGGUUGGAAUUCUUCUCCAGGCUUUCUCCACACAAAGACUCUAUCAUCAGUUUAAUGUUGUGAUAAGUGUCUCAAAAACAAGUAUCAUUUUGUUGAACGUUUUAUUAAGUAUCCUAAAGAAUUGAUCAAUGGUUAAAGUGUCCAAAUACUUUUGGAACCAAUGGAUACUUAUACAUGUGUUAUGGCUGCCAAACGAUUCCAAUUAUUAACUGUGAUUCCAUGAUAUUACGUAGUCAAUCACAAAUUUGACCAUAAAGAAAGAUUUUUGUUGUAGCUGUAUGAGUAAACAAAAUAACCUUCAUCUGAAUGUGUUUAUUACUUUCAGUUAUUCAAUAAACUGAUUGUCAUCAUGUGAAAUAUGUAAUAUAUCACUUUCAAAAUCAAUUUUAAAAGGGAAUUGUAUGUUUAGACUUCAUUCCUAUUUCUGUGUUCUAUAUCAGUCCACCACUAGAGGUCAGUAGUCUGAGGGGAAAGUCCAUUUCAGUACGUUCUGUAUUGCCUGUGUACUCAUAUGUGACAUGUAUGCAUCUAUGUUUUUUUUCUCUACAGUGCAAUAUUAUAUUGAAUUAUAUGCUUUACAGGAAUAAAUAAAGUACAUUUUA